AUGUCAGCCCAAGACAAUUUAUCGAAAGAAGCUACUAUAACACAAUUAUUUAGCGAUGCGGAACGAAUAAUAAAUCAAGGCGAAUAUGCCAAAGCACUCAAAUCUAUUGAUAAAAUUCUCAAUUUAAGUCCAAACGACUUUGAUGCACUUCAUUGCAAAGUCAUAAUCUUCCUUAAGCUUGGAAAAUAUCAAAAUGCCUUAGAUCUUGUUACGAAAAACCUUUCUGAAGAUCAACUCCCUCUUGAGCGAGUGUACUGUCUUUAUAGGCUAAACAAAUUUUCUGAGGGUGCAGAACUUUUUCGUAAGUACCGAACUGCUGGAGUUAAUGAUAGUGGAUUGAGACAUUUGGAGGCACAAGUGGCGUACAAACUUGAAGAUUAUAAUGCCUCUUUGGAAACAUAUUAUAGUCUUCUUCAGGAAACAGACUCGAAAGAAGAUACGUAUAAUGACAUUUUAACAAAUUUUAAUGCUGCUAAAGCCGCAUUAUUGUUUUCUGGUGGAAAAUUAAAUGAAAAGUAUACAAUGGCGGAUUCCGUUAAUACUUAUGAAUUGGCAUAUAAUUAUGCUUGUACAUAUCUCGGGCGAAAAGAUUUUAAAAAAGUAGAAAAAUUGUUGAUUACUGCAAGAAAUAUAUGUCGAAAAUCUUUGACUGAAGAUGAUUAUAGCGAGGAAGAGAUUGAACAAGAAUUAGGCACAAUCAAUGUACAAUUAGCAUAUUUAUAUCAACUUCAGGGCCGAAUAACUGAAGCCAUCGAUCUUUAUCAAAGUGUACUCAAGUUUAAAGGGACAGAUAUGACUGUUUCAGCCAUUGCAUCUAAUAAUUUUGUCGCUGCUAAAAAGGAUAGUGAAUUGUUUGAUUCUGCUCGUAAAUUGAAAGUUGCAAGCGCAACUACAUUAGAUACUAAAUUGUUUAGAAGUCAACGUCGCGUAAUCGCGAUGAAUGAAGCAUUAUUAUCAUUGUAUAUGCAUAAGUAUAAUACAUGCCAAGAUGUUACUCGUAGGUUACUAGAAGCUUAUCCUGAAAAUGAUGACCUUUAUCUCAUUUUAGCUUCAAUCUCUUAUCGUCAAAAAAAGGUUACAAAAACUAUCCAGGAGUUACAAGAAUUUGCAAAGUUAAAACCGGAAUCAUUAUCUAUUAAUUUUGCUAUUAUACAACUUCAACUUUUACAAUCCAAUCCUACAAGUGCUUUAGAAACAUUUGAAAAUUAUUUAUCAUCAAUUAAAGAUGAUGCAGAAAAAUAUAGGCCGGGUUAUGUAGGAUUGUUAGUAUGGCUUUAUGAGAAAGUUG